GCGAGCCGGGGGUCGCGCUGGGUGGAGCCCUCGGCACCCGACUCCCUCCCCGCGCACCAGCCCGGGCCCUGGGGGCGGGCCCGAGGGCAGCCCCCUCCCCAGUGCGGGGGGCAGCCGCUCGCCUCUCUCCGGGGUCCCCCCCCGCGGGGGGACCCACUCCAAGGUGGUGCUGAUAUCUGAAGAUGGCAAGAUCCUGGCAGAGACCGACGGGCCCUGCACUAACCAUUGGCUGGUCGGCUCGGACAAAUGCCUGGAAAGGAUCAAUGAGAUGGUCAGCGAGGCCAAAGGCAAGGCAGGCGCCAACCUGCAGGUUCCCCUCCGCUCGCUGGGGCUGUCUCUGAGUGGAGGGGAGCAGGAAGAGGCCAUCAAGAAACUCAUCGAGCAGCUGCAGACCCGCUUCCCACAGCUGAGCGAGAACUAUUACAUCACCACGGACGCCAUCGGGGCCAUGGCCACAGCUACCGACCACGGUGGCGUGGUGCUGAUCUCGGGAACCGGUUCCAACUGCAAACUCAUCAAUCCCGACGGGUCAGAGGUUAGCUGUGGAGGGUGGGGUCACAUGAUGGGAGACGAGGGGUCAGCUUUCUGGAUUGCACACCAGGCUGUGAAGAUUGUGUUCGACUGCCUGGACAACCUGGAAGUGCCGCCCCAUGACAUCGGCUACGUCAAGCAGGCCAUGUUCGAUUACUUCCAGGUCUCUGACAGGAUGGGCCUCUUGACGCAUCUCUACCGGACGUUCGAGAAGUCCAAGUUCGCGGGAUUCUGCCAAAAACUAGCCGAGGGUGCCCAAGCGGGGGACCCUCUUUGCGGUCACGUUUUCAACAAGGCUGGGGAAGUCCUGGCUCGACACAUUGUAGCCGUGCUGCCAAAAAUUGACAAGAGCCUCUUCCGAGGCGAGCUGGGGCUGCCGAUCCUGUGCGUGGGCUCCGUGUGGAACAGCUGGGAAAUGAUGAAAGAAGGGUUCCUCAACGUCCUGAACCAGGCCCGGCCGAAGGAGCUACACGGCAUCUUCUCCAAGUUCACCCUCUUGAAGCUGAAGCACUCGUCAGCGCUGGGCGGAGCCAGCCUGGGGGCCAAGCACAUAGGCCAGGCAGUGCCCCUGGACUACACUGCCAAUGUGGAUGUCUUCUACACACACUCCUUCUAGGGCCCCACGGGGUGGACUCCUCUCCUCUCCUCUCCUCUCCCUCCCUGCCCCGGCCAGUGCGCUCUGCCUGGGCAGCAUCUGGCCCCUCGGCCCGAUUUUUAAAAUUGUUUCUUGGUUUGUGUCUCUGUCGCAGUCUGGGGGGGGGUGGGGGGGAGGAAUCUAGUUACAUAUCGGCGGGAAUUACAGCUGGCUCUUGUAUCAACGUGUUUUGUAAUUUGUCAGUAAAAGGUAGCAGACA